ACUAGAAAGACUGCUGAGGACCCCGAUUCGCCGUCUGCCAUCAUUACACUGAUUGAUCGUACAAAAAUGACUGUAGAAGUGGAAAGAAAAUUCGUGUGUGAUGCAGAAAUUAUGAGGAAACUACAGGAUAUUGGAGCCGAAUGCGUUGGUGAGCGAGAGUUUGGAGACCAGUACUUUGACUCUCCAGAUUUCCUCCUUACGCUGAAGGAUUUCUGGCUGAGAUGCAGAGACGGACAGUGGGAAUUGAAAAGCCCUGCAGUUUCAGAAGCUCCAUCUGAGAUGCUCUGCACUCGAUACAGAGAGAUAACCAGCCUACCUGUGAUUGAAUCAGAAGUCAGCAAGAUUAUCAGAGAAUCAAACUCCUCACAAAGGAAACAAAUUGACCAAACUGAGGACACGCCGAUCUGUUCGGCAGGAGACACAAAGUGGCUGAACGAGCUCGGUUUGGUGUGUUUUGCUGAGUUCAGGACUCAACGUUGCUCUUAUGUGCUGGAGAGGGAGGACGGAGCGGUGCGGGUGGAUCUGGACCGGGCUGAUUUCGGUUAUUGUGUGGGGGAGAUUGAGGUGUUGGUGCCUGAAGGAGGAGACAUGAAUGCAGCUCUGCAGAGUAUUACAAGCAUUGCUGAACAGCUGGGUUUGAACUCGGAGAAGAAAGUAAAGGGGAAAAUGGAUGUUUUCCUUCAAAGAAAUCGACCAGAUCAUUACAACACACUUCUUAAUGCUCAUAUUUUAUGAGGUAUCACUAUUGUAACAUAUGAUUGGAAGUUUUUAACUGAUUAAGUUAUGGAAACUUGCACUAAUGCUCAUAUUUUCAUGAGCAAGUAAUAUCUGUUAAUAUCAUGUAUGGUUUAAUAAUAACAAAGUUGCUCUUAUCUUGUCAAGGGGAAAUACACAUAAAAACAGGUAAAAAAAAGGUAAAGUUUGUGACAUGAUGUUUUUAGUUAUAUAAAGCAGAUAUCUGA